AUGGUGAAAAAACUUGAUGGGGCAAAAUGGGCUUUAGGGUUAGUGAUUUUGUGGUUGAGUUUAGGUGCUGCAAUUGUCAAUGCCACAAUAUCAUGUGAAGAGGCAACAGCUACUUUAACCCCUUGCAUUCCUUUCUUCCUAGGCAAUUUGCCACCCACACCAAGUGAUGGCUGUUGUGCAGGUGCACAAAAACUGGACAAGUUAGCUGCUAGUUCUAGUCUUGAUCGCAAGCAUCUUUGUGAAUGUUUUGUGUCAGCAAUGAAGUCUUAUCCUGUUAAACCUGAAAGAGUGAAGCAACUUCCCAAGCUUUGCAAACUCAAAAUCACCAUUCCUAGUGACCCUAAAGUCGAUUGUAGCAAAAUCCAUAUCAUUCAAAAUGUUAUUUCUCUUCAUGACCCCAAAUCCAUUUUGUCGACAGACUUUAAUGCAAAACUGAAUAUAAUUAAUAAUAAAAAGGGCACAGAUUAUAUUACAAAUCUUGAAGGAAGGGUUGAGGCAGAGUACCGGAGUAGGGAUUAUAAUGCUUGGCACAAUUAA